AUGAAUGGUUUCGUAUCAUUGUUGGUCAGCUAUUGCUCUUCGUUUUCAGUUGCUCUAAGGCUUGACGGCUCUGAGGCGACCUUCACUAUCUCUUCUGGAAAUCUCAACUCGAACACGUUGCGACGGGCUGUCGAUGGAGACCGGAGCACGUGCAUUUGGCCACGACCAGCAGUCUCAACAGCCUCUACAGUAAAUCUCACGUUUACGCUUUUCAAUUGUCGUGCUGUUCUCACUGUUCAGAUCAUGACUGGCAACUCAAAUAUACGCUAUAUUCCUGGCGUAGCGAUUCAGGAGAUAGAUCGUUGCCACGGAGAUAGGCACUUUCCACAGGCCCGUUGCUACGCACAGACUAUAGAAGGUGUCAAUCCGAUAGAGUAUCGGUGCCCAGGAAAACAAUCCAGAGUUGUUGAUAUUGUUGUACCGGCCAAUCUACCAAUCUGUGAAAUAGAAAUCAAUCACGUGCCAAUACCAGAUAAUACUGCUCCUAUACGAUUGGUUAACGGCUUAACCAAGUUCGAGGGAAGAAUUGAACUCUACUACAAUGGUUCCUGGGGAACAGUUUGUAAAGAUAAUUUUGGCUUUCGAGAAGCUCACGUUGCCUGCCAUCAAAUGGGCUACGCAGGAGCAUUAUCAUAUGGAUUGGCAAAAGGGUUGCACGGCGUAGGAAAGGGUGAUAUAAAUAUGGACAACUUGACGUGCUCUGGAGCUGAGACAAUCCUCCAAGACUGUAAAUUCAACGGAUGGGGGAAUCACGACUGUACUCAUUCAAAGGAUACCAGUGUGGUCUGUGAUCCAUGCAUUUCAUGCAGAGAAAAGAAUAAGUUAACAAUGGAAAAAACUCAAUUUCCUGUGAGAUUAGUUGAUGGAGGUAAACCAUACCGAGGAAGGUUAGAAAUAUUCGCAAGAAAUCGAUGGGGGACGGUGUGUAAAGAUCAUUUUGGCCCUUCCGAGGCUCUCGUGGCAUGCAGUCAACUCGGAUAUACGGGAUACACAAGCUAUUCAGGUCGAUACGGUAGCUCCAACGGCCCGAUUUGGAUGGAUGACGUCGAAUGCCCUAGCAGCGACAACAACCUAAUGGAACGCAAUGGAGACAAAGUUUUAACCCGACUUGCUGAUUGCAAUAAAGGCGGUUCCGUCUUUCCGUUUAGAGCUGGUCUACACUGGGGAUCUCACAACUGUGAUCACAGCAAAGACGUUGGGCUUGUCUGCUCUUCAGCAGCCAAGACGCUUCCAAUUCGGUUGGUUGACGGAGGAGCUGCUCACAAAGGCAGAGUGGAGAUAUUUAUCAACGGGCUGUGGGGCUCGGUAUGCGACGAGUGGUGGAGUUGGAACGACGCUCAUGCUGUUUGCCGUCAGCUGGGAUACAAAGAGGCGAAGAGUUUUCGAAAGGCUGCGUGGUUCGGGCAGAGUAGACAUUACCACAUUUGGAUGUCACACGUUGCGUGUCAGGGCAAUGAGAUAAGGCUCCAGGAUUGCCCUUUCAAUGGUUGGGGAGUCCACAAUUGCAAGCAUGAAAGAGACGCUGGCGUCGAAUGCUUGCCUACACGUUGGUCAUUGGCGUACGACUACUAUAAGGUAUCUGGAGCUCAUGACCCUGCCAGAGGCAAAAGAAAUAGUAAAAUAUGUAACUUUGAAUUUAUUUUCGUUCCAGUUGUUAACUUAGCUCUUUGUAAUCCGACAGCAAACGAAUCGAAUUCGAAAAAUCUGUUAUUGCAUCCAAGUCAGAAAGCUAACAAAGUUAUCCGGCUUGCGGACGGAUACAGGAAAUCUGAAGGACGCGUUGAGAUCAAGGCUAAUGGAUUGUGGAACACAAUUUGUGAUUUCAAUUUUAGCAUAGCAAGUGCAAACGCAAUCUGUAAUCAUCUUGGUUAUCCUGGCGCCGUAGAAGUCUUUCCAUACGCCUACUUUGGUAAAGGUAAAGGACCUAUACGUAUGCUGGCUAAUCAUUGCAUACAGUCCGACAACUUCACAUCCGGGUCUUGUCUUACAACGCCAGAAGUGGACAAGAACUGCACUCAUACUAAUGAUGUUGGAGUUAUAUGUUUUCCUCAUGACAGAGAUAUGCAGCAAUUUAUCGAAUUUACAACAGAGUACAACAAAGUGUAUUCUUCAGGACAAGAACGUAACAGAAAAGCGUCGAUCUUUCAUACCAACUUGAAAAAGACCGAAAUUUUAAACUCUGCUGAUCGAUUUUCACCUUACGGAAUUAACAAAUUCUUUGACAUAUCGGAAGAUGAGUUUGCGAAUACUUACUUGAUGUCUAGCGCUGUGACCGAUGGCAUCAAAAACUCAACACUUGAGGAAGAUAAUAGACACAAGAGAUCAUAUACUAACCCCAUCGACUGGAUUGGUCCGAUACCUAAAUGUUUCGACUGGAGAGAUCGGUAUCCUCCAAUUGUUUCUAAAGUCAAAAACCAAGGAAAAUGUGGCUCGUGUUGGGCAUUUGCUGCCGUCGCUCAGAUCGAGAGUGCUUAUGCUUUGCAAGCUCAUAAACCGCUCAUCGAACUCUCAACGCAACAAGUCGUAUCCUGCGAUCAAGAGUCGAACGGUUGCGACGGAGGUAUGCCACACAAAGCAAUGAGUUACGUCCUGAACGCGCGUGGCAUACAAACCGAGGCGCGAUAUCCCUACCUCUCGGGAGCGGAUGAUAAAACGAGAAGCUGCGAGUUCAUAUCGAAUCGAAUUCACGCAAGUAUUACAGGUUAUAUUCACGUGACGUCAAAAACUCCGACUGCAGACGACGAGUAUGAUAUGAUGGUCUACCUCUAUCGAAAGGGACCGAUAACGGUGUGCUUCAAUGCCGGAAACCUUCAGUUCUAUUCGCAUUCUAAGAUACUGAGCUACUGUGGGAGCAAUUACAGAGAUAUCACCCACUGUGUUGUUCUAACGGGCUUCGGAGUUAGCGAAUCCGGAGUUCCAUUUUGGGCUGCGAGAAAUUCGUGGGGAAGAGAUUGGGGCGACGACGGAUACUUUCUCAUCGAACGCAACGUCAACAUGUGCGGCAUAGCGGAAUACGCGUAUGCAGCGAUCGCUACUAAGUGAACAUGGACGCCAACUAUUUGGCAGAGAAUUUUGCUUGACAUAGCUCUUUUUUUGUUCUUGCAGUGUGUUAGUCCCUGCCUCUUUGUUGCUGAAAUGAUUGUGCAUGUGUGUCGCUGUGUUUUAGUGCGGCAAUUGAUAACAAUUUUGUCAAGCAGCCGCCAAUUCUUACGAUUUCUCCUUUGAAUCAUAUGUGAGGUGUGUAACAUUUACUAAACCAAAUAUUCAGACCACGAUACGUCUGCUUAUGUAAUAGAAUUAGAGUUCUUGAAGCAAUUGAAGAAAUUGGAUAAGAUAGAACAAACAAA